AUGAUUUGGAAAAAUAUAACCACAAUGAGUGGAUUUCUCCUCAUGGGGUUCUCUGACAACCAUGAGCUGCAGAUCUUACAGGCUUUGCUCUUCUUGGUGACAUACCUAUUGGGCUCAGCAGGUAACUUCAUCAUUAUCACCAUCACAACACUGGACCCUCAGCUCCAGUCUCCAAUGUAUUACUUUCUGAAGCACCUUUCCAUUCUGGACCUCUCAUCACUCUCUGUCACAGUUCCUCAGUAUGUUGACAGUUCCCUGGCACAUAGUGGCUACAUUUCAUAUGGACAGUGCAUGCUGCAGGUUUUUUUCUUCACAGCUUUGGCCUGGAGUGAGAUGGCCAUUCUCACAGUGAUGUCCUAUGACCGCUACGUGGCCAUCUGCCUCCCACUGCACUAUGAGGUCAUCAUGGGUCCCAGAAAGUGCACUUGGGCUGUGGCAGCUGUGUGGUUAAGUGGAAGCAUCUCAGGAACAUUAUACACAGUAAGUAUACUCUCCAUCAGAUUCUGUGGGGACAAAAUAAUUCACCAGUUCUUCUGUGAUAUCCCCCAGUUGCUGAAGCUCUCCUGCUCUAAUGAUCACCUUGUAAUAAUGGGAGUGGCUGAUUUCCUGUCGGCAAUGGCCUUUGCCUGCUUUAUUGGGAUUGUCAUCUCCUAUGUCCACAUAUUCUCCACAGUUCUCAGGAUGCCCUCUGCUGACAGCAGGUCUAAGGUCUUCUCUACUUGCCUGCCCCACCUUUUUGUUGUCUCAUUGUUUCUUUCUACAGGCUUCUGUGCAUAUCUAAACCCAACCUCAGACUCUCCAACUGCUUUAGAGUUCUUAUUCUCCAUCUUUUACACAGUACUACCUCCAACUCUCAACCCUCUUAUUUACAGUCUGAGAAAUGAGACCAUAAAGAGUGUUGUAAGGAAGUUACUCUUUAGUAGAAAAUUUGCUUUGUAG